CCGUCAUUGUCAUUCGAAGCAUCGGUGCGGGAGUUCCAGAGCAAGAGCCCUAAUUAGGGCAAAAGGAAGCCCCAGUUUCCUGCAAGCUCAGAUCAGGAAAAUGGCGCACGGUGGCUAUGGGAAGCGCAGGGUCGCCGAACGCAAGCCCGAGAGUCGACGAUCGAAGGGAUUGGCUGUGGAUAAGAAACCCAAAUCAGUGUCUCUCAAGAACCAGAUACGCUCCACAGAACGCAUCCUCCGUAAGAAUCUUCCGCCUGAAAUGAGAGAAGCCCAAGAAAAGAAGUUAGAAGGACUUAAGAAACAGCAGGAAAUUCAUACUCGUUUGGCUGUGGAGCGUAAAAUAUUCCUGCGGGAUAGAAAGAUAAAGUUUUUUGAGAGAAGAAAGAUAGAAAGGAGAAUAAGGCGUUUGGAGAAACAGCAGCGCGCUGCCUCUGGUCAGGCCCAAGAGGCAGAAGUUGCUGAGCAGCUGUCCAAAUUGAAAGAAGAUCUGGAAUAUGUUAGGUUCUUUCCCAAGACAGAGAAGUAUGUAUCCUUAUUUAUCGGAGGUGAUGAUACAGACAUGGUUGACAGGAGAAAUAGAUUGCGCAAGCAGAUUAAAGCCAAUAUAAUUGCUGCUGCAGCCAGUGGAAAGGAUUUGGAAGAGACAGGGAGUGAAGAUGAUGGGCUUUUGGAUCUGAGUGAGGAUGAUUUUUUCUUAAGUGGAAGCUCUAGUGAUGAAGCAGAUGCUGAUGAUGAAUGGACUGAUAAAAGUACAAGGGAACAGGCUUCUAGUGCUUCAGGAAAAGCAGCAUCUGGCAUGUCCAGUGAUGAAAGGAAUCAGAAGCAGAUUUCUGCUCGUGCUCUAAUGCCUCCUCCUCGGCCAUCAGCUAAUUCAUUUUCAAGUUCUGCACGUACAAAAUCAAGGUUUGGAGCCUCAUCUAGCAAAAAUUCAUCCAUACGGAGAGCUGAAAUGUCAACGUCCAGGAAUACAUCAAAUAGCAGGAGCGGGUAUUCCUUCAAAAACAGGGAAUCCUCAAGUUCAAGAACAGGUCACAGUAGCAAUCUAAGUUCCAACUCUGAUGCUCAUAAACCCCGAAGAAAGAGAAGGCCAAAGAAGAAGAAGCAACAGGCAUGAAUCCAGUGGAUGUGGUGCUGAUGCAACCUCUUUGUAGUCAAUAGACUAGUUCUCGACAAGAUGUUUCUGUGAGAUUCUGCAGCAAGGGUUUAACCUGCUUUAACAUUUCUCUAUUUUUAUUGGAAAAACAGUAGGGGUUGUGUACAUCCUGCCUACUGUAAUAUCAAUUUGACGGCCAUCCUGCACCACCAUAGCCAGUUGGUUUGAGAAUUAAUUUUAGUUAUUAAUCGUGCCAAGAAGUUAUGGUCACUGGUCAUUGUGGGUUCCCGUCACUCUCUGUUGCUCCUUAUAAAUUGUUCUUUGGAAUUUUCCUUUUUGUUUU